CACAUUCCAAGCAGCAUUAAUACAAGGACAAACACCCGAUGAUCUUAAACAAAACAAUUUUUCAACUUUUGUUAUUUUUCUUUAUCAAAGUAUUUUUAUUAAUGGGCAAAUGUUGUCAGGCAUUUUCCAUCCCUUUUUGGGAUUCCAAUCGUUGCCAGUCGAUUUACUUUUAAGGAAUUCUAAUGUUGGACAGCCUGGAAAAUGGAUUUUUCGGAUCGACAAUCCUUCAAAAAUUUACUCCUGUCCGUCUGGAACUUUGGGUCCACCAAUAUGCCAACAAGAAUGCGAGCCAGGCACUUGGGGACUUGAUUGUGCUUCGCGUUGUAAUUGUUUUGGCUCGAUUCCUUGUGAUUUUGCUAGUGGAAUGUGUGCAGGGGGUUUGUGUGGUACAGGUUUUACUGGUAAAAACUGUGCUGAGGAUAUUGAUGAAUGCUCCCUUCAGUUACAUAAAUGUUCGGUAAAUGCUACUUGUUCAAACACGCCCCCAGGCUCGUAUACUUGUACAUGCGCUCCAACAUUUGUUGGAAAUGGAUUUAAUUGCACAAUGUUCGAUCCUUGUAAAAAAAGAUUUAACGAACAUUGCCAUAUUUAUGCUCAUUGUGAUUCCAGCAAUGAAGAGAUACCUGAAUGUAUUUGUAAUGAAGGUUUUCAUGGCGAUGGGAGGAAAUUAUGCACUCCUAAUGCCGAAACAUCAACAACUAGUACUACAACAACAACAAAACUUACAACAACAUCACAAACAUCAACUUUAAUGGAAAUUAUAACAACGACAACAACAUUAGAAACAACACAACAAACAACAAAAUUUAAAACAACAAAUAGAAACAUUUUUGAAAAACAUUCUUCUCCAACAACAACAAAUGUUGUAGAAAGAGUUGGCAACAAUCAAGAAAGGGGAAAAAUAUUUAAAGAAGAAAAAAUCGGUAUGACCGAUAAGGAAUUGCUAGCAGCGGCAAAUGAAUCGGGAACUCUAAUCCUCGUCGUCUGUUCAAUUCUCGGCUCAACAUGGCUUAUUAUAGCUAUUGUAUUUUCAUUAAUUUAUUGUUUUAAGAGGCAACGUUUACGGCAAGUUGAAUAUAAUGGGGGACCUCAAAUGCUUGGAUGGACGCCUAAAAGAGGAAUAAUAAAUAACAAUACUUUAUCAACAUGUAAUAGAGGAAUUAAUAGAUUAAAUAGAUAUAAUAAUAAUAAUAAUUUUGCUAUUACUAAAUUUGGGUAAAAAUUAAAUUUUAUAAAAACAUGUUUUGUGUUUUCCUAAAAUGUUUAUUUAAUUUUUAUUUCUUAAAAACAAGUUUAAUCUUUGUGUUUUUCCACUAACAAGUUUAUUUUGUUUGGAAAACAAGUUUAAUUUGUUUAAUAAAGGUUCUUUAAACUUUCUUAUAAACAAGUUUAAUUAGUUCUUAAAAACAAGUUCGUUUCGGUGUUUUUCCACAAACAAGUUUAUUUUUUUACAAACAUGUUUAAUUUCUUUUUAAACUCAAACAUACUAUUCAAAAACAUGUUUACUUUAUUCUCAUUCCUUAAAACAUGUUUUCACAUUAAAAACAAUUUAAGUUUAAUAGUUUUUAUUUAUCCCCACAACAACAAUAUAUAAACAUUUUUAAACAAAACAUCCAUUACUUUCAUUAAACUUGAGGGGGUUUUGUUUUCCCUCCAUUUUUAUUCUUUUUAGGCUUUUUAGUUCCUUUGUGUUUCUUAAAAAACGCCCCUUUUCCUCCUUUAUGCUUUUUUCCCGUGGCGCGAACUUUGCGGACCCGAAUUUUGCGGACCCGAACUUUGCGGACCCGAAAUUUGCGGAACGAAAGUUGCGGACCCGAAGGUUGCGGACACGAAGUUUGCGGACCUGAUUUUUGCGGAACCAAGAUUUUAGGACAGACACUUGAGUAAA